AUGGCUGUUGAGAACUGCACUGUGUUUACUGACUUCAUACUCUUAGGACUCUCUGGCAGGCAGGAUGUGCAGCAGGGGCUCUUUGUGCUCUUCCUGCUGGUUUAUGGCAUCACUAUAAUCGCCAACCUAGGGAUGAUACUGCUGAUCAGCAUGGACCCCCGACUCCACACACCCAUGUAUUAUUUCCUGAGCAAUUUGUCUUUCUGUGAUAUCUGCUACUCCUCCACUAUCUCUCCCAAGAUGCUGGCUGAUUUCUUAUCUGAGCAAAAGAGGAUCCCAUAUAACUUAUGUGCUGUUCAGAUGUUCUUCUUUGGUACCUUUGCGGCUGUGGAAUGUGUCAUGCUGUCUGUCAUGGCAUAUGACCGUUAUGUGGCCAUUUGUAAUCCACUUCUGUAUACAGUUACCAUGUCCAGGAGAGUGUGCAUCCAGCUUGUGACCACUGCUUACACUGCAGGUUUUAUGGAUAUGGCAAUCUUUAUGUCUUGCACUUUCCCAUUAUCAUUCUGCAAUUCCAAUAUCAUCAAUCACUUUUUCUGUGACAUCCCACCCUUACUUGCUCUUUCUGCUUCAGACACAACUACUAGUGAAAUAGCAUUGACUGUUUCCUGUAGUUGUGUUGUGGGGUCCAGCGUCAUCACUGUCCUCCUCUCCUACAGCUACAUCAUAACUACCAUCCUUCGCAUGAAGUCGGCUGAGGGCAGACACAAAGCCUUCUCUACCUGUGCCUCCCACCUAACUGCUGUGGCUAUAUUUUUUGGGACACUUCUCUUCAUGUACUUCCGGCCCAACUCGAGUUAUUCCAUGGACACAGACAAAAUGGCCUCUGUUUUCUACACAGUUGUCAUCCCCAUGCUGAACCCACUGAUCUACAGUUUGAGGAAUAAGGAUGUGAAAGGUGCCCUGAAAAAAGUCGUUGUCACUAAAUUAAGUUCUGAGUGAAAUCAUGUUCACCAAAAAAUAUUUGUUUAG